AUGAUCGCAUCCAGAACAGCCACCAGAGCUGUCGCUCGUACAGCCCGCGCGCCUCUACGCUCCCAGGUCCGCUUCGCAACUACGAACCAGCAAGCCGCAGUCGCAGGAGGAUCUUCAGGUCUCGUCGGAGGCCUCGCAGGCGGUGCUCUGGUCUUUCUCGGAGGCUACAGCUACUACCACUUUUCUGGGGCCAAGUCGAUCGUCAACGCCGCUUCAGCGAGCAAGGCCCAACUUCAGAAACUCACGCAGGGCAUCCAAGACAAGGCCCCCGAACCAAAUGAAGCGCUGAAGUGGCUCCGCUCGACCACUCAGCAGUAUGCUGCGUUCAUCCCGGGCGCGAAGGGCUAUGUUGACUCGGCCUUCAAUGACCUGGACAAGGUGCAGGCGAAGCACGGAGAGGAGGUCGAUAAGAUCGUCUCCGAGAGCUACAAGGAGCUGAAGGAGGCGACCAAGUCGGGCAUGAGCAUGGAGACUGCCGUCACAGCGUGGAACAUCCUCGAGAAGACCAUGGGUCAGCUAGCAAAGCUGGCCAGCGACUCGGCCGGCGAGAUCAUGGACGAGCACCCGCAGCUGAAAGAAAAGUUCGGGGGCGGCCUCGAUCAGCUGAAGAGCAUGGCUGAUUCGUACGGGCCCGAGGCCAAGAAGGAGUUGGACCAGACGUAUGAGCAGAUCAAGGACGUUGUCAAGGGUGGCGUAUCGGUGGAUGCGAUCAGCAAAGUCAAGAAGCUGAUCGAGGACAAGACGGAGAAGGUUCGGCAGCUGGGGGACGAGGCGUGGAAGAAGGGGCUGGAGCAGGCCAAGCCGCUGCUCGAGAAGAAUCCGCAGGUCAAGGAGCUGGUGGAGAAGAACGCGGACGCCCUGAAGCAGGGUAACGCUGCAGAGGUGUUUGCGAAGGUCAAGGAUGCCGUGACCUCGGGCAACCUGGACAGUCUGCAGGACUACGUCAAGCAGGCUGGGGAGAAGGCGAAGAACAGCGGGCUGGGAAAGAAUAUCGAGCAGUAUGCCAAGAUGAUCCCCGGGGGCGGCGAGAUCUUGCCGAAGCUGAUGAAGCUGCAAGAGGUGGCCAAGACGAGAGGAGAGGAUGCGGAGAAGGUCUUGAAGGAGGCUUACAAGGAGGUGCAGGGUGUUCUGACCCGGAAGACGGAGGAGCUGGAGAAGCUGGCUGACAAGGCGAAGAAGGAGGCCAAGUAG